AUGAACACUGACUUGACGCGUCAAUACGACCCACCAAAACACCUGUCAGAUGCUUCCAAUGCCAUCAUUAAACAAUUAAAGCCUACCUCGUCUUCUCACAGCAGCUCACAGCAAGAUGAAAGUAUUCCCGAUACAACGCAAUUACUUAGUAUGAAAGCAGAACUGGAAUCAAUGCUGUAUUCAACACAAUCCCGAAUGAAAGACAUGAAGAAGGAUCAACUCAUCUUAGAGAGAGGUGUCCAAGUUCGCGAUGGAGCAAAUUCGAAUGUUGCUUCAGCUGGUAAAGGUGUUGCUGCAAUGGAAAAAAUGAGAGUAAAACAAGAGACAGAUGACGAUUUGGAGAUGCUUCACUCUUCUUCUAAUAUACCAAAACCUGAACUUAGCAGACAAGCUGCGCUUGAAAUCAUCAGAAGAAGAAGACGUAGAGAAGAAACUGAGAGCUCUGAGGAAUCGCCGCAUGUCAACAUCAAAUUGAAGAAAGUGGAUAAUGCAGCACCAUUGAUAUCACAAAGCGAAUCGCCUCCACCGUCAAAACAACGAGCAGAUGUCAAAAAGAUCAAGAAAUCGUCUUCGGCAAGGGGCAAUCACGCAGACAGUAAACACAGCAAAUCUCACAAUGCCAAGCAGAAAUCACAGCCUUUGGAAGAAGUUGACUUUGUGCGAGUGAAACCAAAAGAUCAGAUACCCAUAACCACAUUCUGGACCACAUUAGAACCGUAUUUCCGCAAUCUGACAGAAGAAGACCGAGAAUAUCUAAUGCAGAAAUCAGAUCAAUGUAAACCUUAUCUGAUCCCACCACUGGGACAGCAUUAUGUGGAAAAAUGGGCUGAAGAAGAUCAAGCAUUGGGACUCCAUACAUCAGAGAGCAAGCUCAAGCAUUUACAACACACAAUGUCUGCCGACUCUCGACAUGAUAUGAACAGUAGCUCUCUGACAGAUCGAUUAAUUUCAAGCUUGGUUAAGGAGAACUUGCUCCCAGAGGAGAUUCCGCAUAGUGAUGAGGAUGACAAUGAGGAAGCGAAUGGGCCCGAUGACACAGGACGAGAAAGUGAUGUAUUGGCGGACGCUCUAGAGAAGAAAUACAAUGCUAGAACUGUAACCCAACUGACUCCGGAUCCAACUGAGGACAUUGUAGGAUUUGAAGAAAGACUGAAGAGAGAACUUCGUUAUGCUGGUUUGUUUGGAGAUGAGGAUAUUGAUUGGAAUGCAAAAGAGGACGAUGAGAUCUGUGCAGAACUGCGCACAUUGGGACGUGAGCUCAAGGAACAGAUAAAGACAAACGAAUACCACAAGAAGAGAUUGCUGGAGGUGGUCGAUUGUCAAUUGCAAUUUGAACAAUAUCGCCAAGUACUGGAUACUUUAGAUACGCAAGUUGAAACUGGCUACCUGAAGCGAUUUCGUCCUCAAAAGUCCAAGAAGCGAAAAUCAGCAGGCCCCAAGGCAGUUUUAUCAGAAAAUACAGUGUAUGCCAUGGAAAAGCGUAAAACGUGGAUCAACGCUCUUGGUGGUAUAUUCAUUGAUAAAAACAUGACUAUGCCUUCCCGAUCCAUCUACGAACAGCCACCCGCCGAGGAGAAUAAUGCCUCUUCGUCCUGA